AAAAUUGCUGGUCUCGUCAAAAUCGGGCUAUGGCCGCGAGCUCUGUAAAUCGUGCUCCACAUUGCAAGCUAUGGCCGCAUGCCGCCGCGGCCUCCAUGGGCUUCGCUUGUUGCUCAGGAAGCCCACUAGUAUCGCCCAUACCGCAGGUAGUUUUCCAUUGUUGCACGAGGUGGAGGCGCAGACUCUGGGUUUUAGGGUCUUAAGGGGUUUUGCGGCAUGCUCAUGGCGGGUUCGAAGCGCUUAUUUGCACGGGACGGGUCAGCGAUGGUGCGAGCAGGAGGAGAAUGUUGCUGGGUUGUCGUGUGUGGGAUCAAUUCGUACAGUUUCGGGUGAGGAAGCUGUGAGGAGCCACGUGGGAUUCAGGAACAGGAACCUGUGGAAGGAUGGGAGAGUGCGGGAGGCGAAGUUCGUGGAGAAGAUUUGUGGAGUUUUGAAGCGGGGGGAAUGGGGGAUCGAUACAGUGAAUGAUUUGGAGAAGAUGAGAAUACGGCUGAGAUCUAAACUCAUGAACAAAGUGCUUCGACAAGUUGAUGAUCCCGAGCUUGCGAGUUUUUUCUUCCAGUGGGCCAGGAAACAACCCUCCUUCCAUCCCAGCCUGCAAACUUAUAAUGCUAUCAUCGAGAUAAUGGGUGCUGCGCAGAAUUUCGACGCGCAGAAACAUUUGCUGCAGGAUAUGCAUGGUCAAGGUGUGCAAGCGAAUACGUCCACAUUCAACAUACUCUUGCUGGGAUACAGUCGAGUUAACGACACAGACAGAGUAAUGGAAACAUUCAAACAAAUGGAACAGUAUGGGUGGAGUCCGAAUGCCUUCACAUUCAAAUGUGUGAUACGUUCUUUAGUAUGGAGUGGCAGGGCUUUGGAAGCCUUGUCUAUAUAUCCCAAAAUGAUGGAAUUUGGUUAUGUUCCAGAUAAUUUUACAUACAAUGGUCUCAUUGAAGGGCUGUGUAAGGCUGGGCACGUGAACGAGGCUUUUGUCAUUUUCCAGGAAAUGGAAGACCGGGGGCUAAGUCCUGACGCCAUUGCCCAUGCUGCCUUAAUUAAGGGCCUUGACACAAAAGGGCGUAUUGACGAGGCUUGUCGGAUGUUUCAAGAAAUGACCCUUAAGAACCUUCGUACUGUUGUGCAUACCCACAAAGGGGUAAUGGGCGUCUUCAGUAAGAGGCACAAGGAAGCUUUGUCCUCGGAUGCUGCCAGCGCUGGUGCUUAGUGACGGUUAGUGCUGAUUUGGGAGCAUAAUAAUUUGACGCCGUGGAUCUCUCUCUCUCUCUCUCUCUCUCUCUCUCUCUCAGCUGGACGUCAAUCAAAUGCUGCUAUUCACCAACUCCUCCGCCAAAAUUUUACCUGACAUGCGUUCGCUUCUAAAAUAUGAGAAAAGUGCUGUGUUAUGGAGACUUGCAGAGCUGACGGUUGGGACGCGUACAAUCUUGGUUACCGCAGAUCCAAGUCGUGGACAUUUUGAAGGAGAAACCUCAUUUAUUAUGACACUUUGCAUCAGUUUUUGAGAAUACUACAGCGAAACGUGCAGUGGAAAAGGCAUUGGUAAUGAUCAAUGCAUGACAACUUCAGUGAUCAUUUUGUUAGGUGAGGGGCGAUCAUAUUCUUCACUGUUAUAGCACGAUUCUUCUCCGAAAGGAACUUUUCUUUUCUUUUCUUUUGUGUAUUUUUCUCUCUUUCUUUGUUCUUUUUUAAAAAAGCAUUUUUACAGAGAAGAUUAAUAGCCUACCAAUGCGUAGAAGUUAUCCAGAAAAAAUCGACUUCUUUCGUGAUCGCCAAAAGUUCACGGAGUCUUUUGUGAGAAUCAGAAAGAAAGAAAAGCGACCUCACUUUCCUGUUAGGUGGUCGAUAUAAAGACUUGUAUCACCUUUUUUUGUACAUCUACAAGAUUUUGAACAACAUUGAGGACCCGAUUGCAGUGUACUGUA